GAGCGAUCGCAGGAGGAGGGAGUAGCCUCGGGCGGCUGGCGACGAGGAUGGGAGUGCGGGGCAAGCGCGCGGCGCCCAGGGUCACCGCCGCGGCGGAGUCUGCGGGGCGCGAAGCCAGCGCCCGGCGCUUUUAAAGCCAGGAUCGCGGCGCGCUCCAGGCGCGGGCGGCGGCCGGAUGGAGAGGAAGGGCUUGGCGGCCCGAGCCUUGGGGAACCCUAGCCCGCCCGUGCAGGGCGAGGGGCCGCGGGCCGCGCCACCACCGUGCGUCCCGGGCGGCGGAGGGGCCCCGGAGCGGGGCCAGGCUGGGUCAGCGGCCGAGCCCGCGGAGCUCAUCCGGCGCGCGCACGAGUUCAAGAGCCAAGGGGCGCAGUGCUACAAGGACAAGAAAUUCCGCGAAGCCAUCGGAAAAUACCACCGGGCGUUGCUGGAGCUGAAGGGACUGCUGCCGCCUCCAGGGGAGCGGGAGCGGGACGCGCGGCCAGCUUCCCCGGCCGGGGUCCCCAAACCCAACCGUCUCUCCGAGGAACAGAGCAAGACGGUUGAAGCCAUCGAGAUCGACUGCUACAACAGCCUGGCAGCUUGCCUGCUCCAGGCUGAGCUGGUAAAUUAUGAGCGAGUCAAGGAGUAUUGCCUCAAGGUCCUGAAGAAAGAAGGAGAGAACUUCAAGGCCCUUUACAGGUCUGGUGUGGCCUUCUAUCAUCUUGGGGACUAUGACAAAGCUCUCUACUACCUAAAAGAAGCAAGGACCCGACAGCCAACAGACACCAAUGUGAUUCGGUACAUCCAGCUGACGGAGAUGAAGCUCAGCAGAUGUUCCCAAAGGGAGAAAGAAGCCAUGUAAUGAAGAGGCCUCUAUCGAGCCACACCCGUACCUGACUAGGGACUUCCAGGCACCCUUGGCGGAGAGUCCCAGUGUGGGUUCUCUCCCCGGUUCUUCCUGUACCUCUUCUUCCUGUUGCUCCCCAACUCCGUCUACUCCUAGUGUGAGAAGGUGAGAGGCACUCCUGGACCUUGGUGGGUGGCCCAAACAUGGACUUGUCCCCUUCCCUAGCAGGCCAGCAAAUGGCACGGCUGGGAAAGAGUCCCAUGGACUGGGGACGGUACUGUGGCUUCGACUUGGGCCAACGUUUCUGAGCCUGGCAAAGUGUGCGGAGCCAACAGUCUGGACCCUUCUACACCUUCUUGAUGAACCAGAGCAUCCUGAGGAAACUGGAAGCAAAUCUGGGGCUGACGAACGGGAGGAGCAUCAUUUGAAGCAAUGCUGAGAUUGUGAAUUUUCGCCCCCUCCGUCACCUGAGCUCCUGCCACACCCCCUUCCUUGUCUAGGCUUGUAUUUUCUUCUCUCCCAUCGGGAGGUCAGGUCUUUGCCAGGAUUCACAUGCCAUUAAGGCCCACUCUCAGUGCCCUCUGGUGACCACACAUACCAUUCCCCCGCCUCUCAGCCAGCAGGCAGCUGUGAUAGCAGAAGGGCAGGGUGACAUGGGCCAAACGUUGGGGGCAGAGCAGACUGUGUAGGUGACAGAGGAGGGUAAGAUGACGCCAAGGGAAAGAAAGAGCCUGGGGUGGGUUGAGGGACUGGUCUAAUUAAUGGGAAUAAAAGCUAAUUGACAGGCAUCAGUUCCUGUCAUUUCUGUUGAAAGCGGUCCACUCCCCCACUUCCUGUCCCUCAGGCAGAGUAGCCUACAGCAUCCCCUAAAACCAACAACCAUCAGUCCAGGACUAAACAUGUUGGCCUCAGCCUUUGUGCUUCUAGGGGUAGGCUGGGAUUAUGGAGACUGCUCCAGGACUUGGCUUGGUGAAAAUUUGUACAGUCCCCUUUUUUGACAAAAUUACCCGAACUCAGUGUCUAGCACAUAGCAAAUUCUUGUUGAAUGGAUACAUUUCAACUGCAGACUGACUCUCCUGCCUUAAACUAAUGGGAUCCCAGCCUGGUCUCCUGACGCCCAUGCUUCUCAUGCGAUGCCGCGUUGAAACAUUUCCCGAGGGCUUACUGUUCCCCCACCACAGUACAAUCUAGGAUGUAGUCCCAGUCUUCACAGAGAUAGGAAAGCUGAGAAAUCCAUAUGAGAUUAUUACCAAUGACACCACUAAUAUAUAUGAUGCUUAAACAUUUUCAAGGCACUUUCAUGUAUUUUUCGUGUGACUUAGUGAGACACCAUUGUAUAAAAUUAAAAUAUAUACAGAUGCAAUAAUGUUAAUAGUUAGGAUUUAUUAAAUGCUCUAUCUUCAGAUCUUUACAUGGACAAUCUCAUUUCUUUCAUAUAAUCACUCUGUGAGAUAUUAUUCCCAGGUGAUGGAGAAGAAAACAGAAAGCCAGAAAAACUAACUUUCUUGAGGUUGCAUGGCCUUACGGGACAUGGCUAGGAUUGAGCCAGAUCUGUCUGACUCCAGAGCUCUGGCUACUAACUGCCCUGUGCUUAGUUGCCUCUUUGUUGGACAGUAACAACAAUUUGAGCAGAAAACUUUGCAUUACGUUGGAAAAUGCUCAACAUGUCUGCCCUGCUCGCCUUACAUUUACACACGCAAGACAGAAAGAGACCAGAAGCCAGAAGCCCGAGCAGUGACCAGCCAGACGACAAGUAGGGCCCAGCAGUAAUGUCUGUUUGCUGGUCGUUCUAUUUGCUGAUGGGGCAGCCUGAAUCUGAACAGCCCACCUGGCAUUUCCUCACUGCAUGGCCAGCAGUGGGAAAGGAUCACAAUUAUAGGCAAAGACUGAAGAGAAACAUGAAGUUAAUGAUGGGUUAUUUGUUUUAGUAGUGACUUUGACACUGCAAGACCCAAUCACUGCUGAGGGGCCCAGAAGCCAACAGCACAGGUUUUAUCCACACAGCUCCCCGAACACUUUCUAUGGGGGCUGCAGGAAGGUGCUAGAAAUAUCCAGAGGUCCACAGUGACGCUGGAGAAAAAAGAAAAGGAAAAAGCCAUCCCAGGUACCACAUUCCCUGCUUCCGUCCCCACCUUCGAACCAUAUCCUGUCUUCUUCCCUCAAACUGACUUCACACGACCCCAACCCAAAACUGCUCUCAACCCUGGCAUAUGCCUGUGGCCAUCCCCUCCACCCCCAUUGCCAUCCCCAAGCUCAGAGUUUAUAAGUUGACAAACUAUUAGGAUCUGAAGGAUGAAAAUGAGAUCCGAGGGGAUCUACAGAAUGAGUUCCAACUGGCAGGCUCCUCCUUUGUUCUUCAAUGCAUUAGGAAUGAUUGACGCACUUAACUCCCAACAAAGGGGCCAGAGAGAAGGCUUGCUUGAAUGAAUGCAUUGGGUCAGGGCUAUACUCAGAGGGAUAAAAUCAUUGUCACCCCAAAGAGAAUGCCUAGAAAGCACAGUAAGGUGAGGACAAGUGUAUAGCCGUUGUCUUAUCCAGUGACUCAGAUACAUAUGCUCGUGGGAACUCCAUCCACUGUGCCCCAGACUUAAGUGAUGCCCCCCUGGGGUAUUAGUUAACACUAAGGGGUGGCAGGGCUGAAUUUUCCUGCAUUUGUCUUCAGAGGGCUGUUUAAUCUUCCUUCUUCCAUAUUUCCCCAAAUCAAGGACUGUACUCGAAUUCCAAACUUGGUGGGUGUCAUUGUUGCACUGCGUAGACGACAGCACUCCUCAUUGUCAUCUGCCUGGACUUUUGUGAGAGACCCUUUGACAUAAAACUCACACUUUUGUUGCGUUACAAAACCCUCCCACAUGUAUUGUAGAACAUUUAAGGAAAGUUAAGGAUGAAACCCAGCCCAUCUAACAACCACACUUUUAUCCUUUUGGCCCAUUUUUCAUUCUCCUUGGUAUAAAUGUGGACACACGCUCUCACCGGUUUUUGUUUGUUUUUUAAUGAAGAAAACUGGAUCGUGCUGUAUAUACUCUUUAAUAACUUACUUUUCAAAUGUGUAUUUAUAUUUUAGAAUAUGCAAUAUAUGCACAGAUAGACAAAAUUCAAAUAGUACACAAAGUCUGUAGUUGAAAGUAACUCUUUUUCCCUUGUCGGCUCACAGCUAGUUUCCCUCUGGUUUCUUGUGUACCCUCCUAAAGAUACGUGUUUUUUUUUUUCAAAGCGAUGUAUAUAUAUUCUUUUAUUACUCACGUGCAGUAGCACAUCAGAUACUUUUUCCUCGGUUGCCUUGUGUAGUACAUCAUGGACAUUUCGGCAUGUCUUUUGGGUUUUUCUGCUAGCAUCUUCAUGAUAUGGGUGGAUCUUUAUUCUGUAACCUGUCCACAAAUACAGAUGGUUUCACUUGGUCCCAAUCUGUAUUGUAAAUAACGUUGUAACUGACAUUCUUGUCGCUAAAUUUUGCACAUGUCUAUGACGAGUUCCUUAGGAUAUAAUCCGAGAAGGAAAUUGCUUGGCUAUUUUCAAGGAUUUUGAUACAUGUUGCCAAUGCCCUGUAGAGAGUUUGUACCAAAACACUGUCCUGUUUGCGGCCCCCAGAGUGCCAUGCUCUCUGGGCCCUAACAAGUACUAGGUAUUAUCACUUACCACAUCUUUGCCAAUUUGAUAGGCAAAUGACAGUAUGUCAAUGCUAUUUCAACUUAUUGCUUUAACUUUCUUUGAUGAUUGGUGAAGAACAUUUUCAUAUGCUUAUUGGCCAUUUGUAUUUCCUUCCUUGUGAAUUUUCUAUUUAUUUGAUAUUGGUAUGUUUAUCUUUAUCUAUGUUUAUCUUUAUUAUCUGUUUGUAACUUUAAGAAUAUUAUUUUCAUCAAGAAAUGCUGCGGAUAUGCUUUCCAAGUGCUUUGCUUUCAUUUAUGGUGCUUUUUGACAUACAUAAAUUCCUAAUUCUGCAAUUAA